CAACUCAAUUAAUGUACUCUCAAUCUCUCUCUUCCUCUCUUCUCUCUCUCUCUCUAUUUUGAUGUUUUCAAUAUGAGUCAAUGACCCCUAUCCAUUUUCUCCUUCAUUUCCACUCAACACUUCGCACCCACUAAUCAAAAUCAUAACUUUAGGCCCUUCAAAUCACCACUAUGAAAAUACACCCACUCUUCUUCAUUUUUUUCACCACAACUAUCCUUUUUUUCUUCACUUCAGCCAUUGAAGAUGAUGUCAAAUGUCUUCAAGGUAUCCAAUCUGCAUUCACAGAUCCACAAGACAAGCUCAGAUGGAGCUUUGACAACACCUCUGUCACCUCCAUUUGUCAACUCACCGGAGUUUCUUGCUGGAAUGAGAAGGAGAUUAGGCUUAUUAGUCUUCAACUUCCGGCUAUGGGCCUCGCCGGAACCCUACCGGAAUCUUUGAAGUUUUGCCGGAGCUUACAGACUUUGGAUCUUUCUGGGAAUCAGAUAUCUGGUAUGAUUCCCCAACAGAUUUGUACUUGGUUGCCUUAUUUGGUUACUCUAGAUGUUUCAAGUAAUGAUUUUUCGGGUUCUAUUCCGAGUGCGUUGGUGAAUUGUAAGUUCUUGAAUAAUUUGAUUUUGAGUAAUAAUAAGUUGUCUGGUUCUAUUCCUUAUGAGAUUGGGAGGUUGGAUAGGCUCAAGAGGUUUGUGGUUUCGGGUAAUGAUCUUUCAGGGGAUAUUCCGGAGGAUUUGUCGAGAUUUCAGGAGGAGGAUUUUGAGGGGAAUAAUGGGCUUUGUGGGAAGCCAGUUGGGGGGAAAUGUGGUGGUAUGGGGAGUAAGAAUUUAGCUGUUAUUAUUGCUGCUGGGGUUUUCGGGGCAUUGGGAUCGUUGGUUAUAGGAUUUGGGUGUUGGUGGUGGUUUUUUGUUAGGGGGAACCGGAAGAAGAGGGAGGAGAGAGGUGUUGGUGGUGGGAAGGAUGGUAGAAGUUGGGUUGAGAGAUUGAGAGCUCAUAGGCUUGUUCAGGUUUCGUUGUUUCAGAAACCUAUUGUCAAAGUUAAGGUGAAUGAUUUGAUUGUGGCGACUGAUGAUUUUAGUGAUGAUAAUAUUGUCAUUACAACAAGGACCGGGGUCUCGUAUAAGGCUAUUUUGUCGGAUGGAUCUGCAUUGGCGAUUAAGAGAUUGAGUGCUUGCAAGCUUAACGAGAAGCAAUUUAGGUCGGAAAUGAAUCGAUUAGGGCAGCUAAGACAUCCUAAUCUGGUGCCUUUGUUGGGUUUUUGUGUUGUGGAAGAUGAAAGGCUUUUGGUGUAUAAGCAUAUGCCUAAUAGUAGUUUGUAUUCACUAUUGUACUUGGGUGUUGCUCCGACUAGUAAUAGUUUCUUGCUAGAUUGGCCUGCUAGGUUUAGAAUUGGUUUUGGUGCAGCUAGGGGACUCGCUUGGCUUCACCACGGAUGUCAGCCCCCCUACCUCCAUCAGAAUAUAAGCUCGAAUGUGAUUCUUCUUGAUGAUGAUUAUGAUGCUCGCAUAACAGAUUUUGGAUUGGCGAGGCUUGUGGGUUCAGUUGACUCUAACGAUAGUUCAUUUGUAAAUGGUGACUUAGGGGAGUUUGGAUAUGUGGCUCCUGAAUAUUCAAGUACUAUGGUUGCCUCGAUGAAAGGGGAUGUUUAUAGUUUUGGAGUAGUACUUUUGGAGUUGGUAACAGGACAAAAGCCUCUCGAGGUGAGUAAUGCAGGGGAAGGAUUCAAAGGACAUCUGGUGGAUUGGGUUAAUCAGCUAGCUAGUGUUGGUCGAACUAAGGAUGUUAUCGAUAAUUCACUUCGUGGAAAAGGUAAUGACGACCAAAUCUUGCAAUUUCUAAAAAUCGCUUGUACUUGUGUGAUGUCAAGGCCAAAAGAAAGACCUUCUAUGUAUCAAGUUUACCAGUCAUUAAGGAGCAUGGGUGCGGAUCACGGAUGCUUGGAACAAUUCGACGAAUUUCCAUUGAACUUUGGCAAGCAAGAACAUGACCACAAGGAUUAGCUUGUCGUCAUAAAUGUAAUCCUUGUGGUCAUGAAUGUGUACAAGCAUACACUGUUGCCAGCUUUCAACAUUUCUGUGAUGACAGAUUCAGCAAGUAGGUUUUUCUUUGUAUGCUCAAUUAUUAGAUAAGGUUGUAAAAUAUAGUUGCCAAAUGCCUGGACUUGCAUCUCAAAUUGUACCUGUUUCCAUUCUUGCAGAAGCUACUGAUGUAUGUUCUAGAUAAUUGCAGCAUAACCAAUUAUGUGCCUA